AUGUCUUUUACGAAUGCGCCAGUGACGCGCUCUCUCGUCCUUGGCUUGGUGACGAGCUCCAUUGCGGCCAGCCUGCUAGACGUCAAGCACUACUUCUACAUCGUCGUCGAUACCCACCUCUGGCGGUAUCAUCAAGUCUGGCGCCUCCUGACGUACCAGCUAUGCUGCACCAACUCGAGCGAGGUGCUCUUCGCCUCAAUGACCCUUUACCAGCUAAGGGUAAUUGAACAGAUAUGGGGAUCGAGGAAAUAUGCCUCAUUCGUAGCUGUAUCCGCGCUCUUCACCGCCGUCAUACCUCCCAUCUUCUUGUCCCUCGUCCUGCGUCCACUGACGGCGGGUCUGUUCAACUACAUGCCGGCUGGACCAACCCCGAUUAUCUUUGCGAUACUCGCGCAGUACCACGCCGUGGUUCCUCACGUCUACAGAUACCGCGUCGCAGCUUCGUCGGCGCCACCUACGGACGAUCCGUUUGUCGGAUUGACCUUCUCGGAUAAGACAUACCGCUAUGCCCUCGCAUUACAGCUGGCCCUCUUCCAAUGGCCAGGCUCACUGCUUGGGGCUGUCAUUGGCUGGGUUGUAGGAUAUUCGUGGAGGAACGACUUGCUGCCAGGAGCGGUGACCAAAUGGCGCCUCCCGGGAUGGAUAGUUGGGGUCAGGACACAGAGAAGUCGGAGCGAAUUUGAAGGCCUUCGACGGCGGUUGGAAGGCGAGAGCUCGUCUGCCACCGCAUCCGGCGUUCAGGGACAAGUUGACGGGGACUCUGGGUGGAGAAGACCGGCCGGCCAGGGCAGGCGUGAGGACUGA